CGCUUGGUGUCGGGCCAACGACAUUUUUUCAUGGCAACACUCGGCCUGCAUAAAUUAUGUUCAUGACGUAGUGCAAAAUAUAAAUUUCUGUUAAUAAUUUUAGGCUUUUCUUCAGAUAACGCUAACGUUUACUUUAUUUCGGUGGACUGCGUUGACCUGAGCGUCAGUUUACGAGGAUAGCCGUUAUUAAAUAUGUAGUAAAGGAGCUAGGUUGUGCCUCCGAGCCUCUUUAUCAAUGCAAAUGCCUCUUUUGUGUGCAGCCAUGGCGUCCGUCUGGAGCUGUGAGAUGAAUUUUUAAUUAUGUGUGUCUAAUACAAACUGUGGCAAAGCGCUGAAGGAGGUGAAAGGCUGAAAUUAACCGCGAUUUCUCGGGUGGCUUGGAAGCAGAUCACCCCUGUGUCAUCAUGUCUAACCUGUGAUCUUAUGGAUGAAACUGAAUUAUGGAUUCAGAAGACCUUCCUGCAAAUGAUGCACCACUUACUGUCAACGAACAGGUGAUUGUCAUGUCCGGUCAUGAGACCAUACGCAUUCUAGAGGUUGAAGUGGAUGCAGCUGUUCCCUCCCCAGGAACUCACGUGAAAACUGAGGCAGGAGCAGAAGAGGUGAGAGGAAAAGCUUUAGAGCCAGCAGAAGGCACCACUCAGGAUAGACAAACAGCACCCAGUACCAUCCCCACAGUUUCUAAUGAGGCUGCUGUCACUUCCGUUCAAAAUGUUGCAAUUCCUAUAAGUCUCUCUUUGCCUCACCCUCAGACCAGCAUGCCUAUCACUAUCCAGGCCUGUCCACAGGUUCUGACCCAGGAUGGCCUUGCUACUCUGAUGACUGGCAUGAUUGCUCAGCAAAGCCCUCUGAGCCAGCCUCUGCUGAUUCCACUAAGUAUGGCAGGCUCUGUGGGUGGACAAAAUGGCCUGGCACUACUCACCCUUCCAGCAACCACACUAGCCACGCUACCAGGUUUUGGAGCUGGUGGCCCAGCUGGAGGUCUCAUUAAAUUACCUUUUGCUGGCCUGCAGGCUGCCACUGUUCUGAACUCAGUCCAGCCUCAGCUUCAGGCACCUGCACAGACACUCCUGCAGCCCCAGGCAACUGCACUACAGUCAGUGCAGCAGACUCAGGCUGCUCCAGCCAGCCCUGCUACUGUAGCUUCAGUCAUGCACAAGGUCACUGAGCCUAGUUCAUCAGUUGCAGCACUUCAGACCACAGGCCUCACAAUCAACCCUGCUAUUAUCAGUGCUGCAUCUUUGGGUGCUCAGCCACAGUUCAUCAGUUCUCUAACUACAACUCCCAUCAUCACUAACACCAAUGUGGCAGGACUAACCAGCCAGAUCAUCACCAAUGCACAGGGUCAGAUGAUAGGCGCUUUGCCUGUGCUGGUGAACCCUGCAUCUCUGACCGGAGUGUCCUCAACACAUUCACCACAAACUCAGGGUCUUCAGGUGCAGACUGUGGCUCCUCAGCUGCUGCUGAACUCCCAGGGCCAAAUCAUUGCCACCAUCGGGAGCAACCCUGGUGCUUUCACUACAUCCACCAGCUCCACAGUCUUGAAUAAAACUACUUUGUCGCACACCAGGGUCAACACACAGGCUCCGAUUGUAACAGUAAACCAGGCUCCAGUCAUGAUUGCCCCACAGCCCUCCACAGGGAAAUCAACCUCCUCAUCGAUUCCUGUUGCCUGUGCAGAAACGCCCACAGUCAGCCAGCUCGUCAACAAGCCACAGUCUGGGGUGACUGAAGAAGAGGGCAUUAAUCUGGAGGAGAUCCGUGAAUUUGCCAAAAAUUUUAAGAUUCGACGGCUUUCAUUGGGACUAACGCAAACACAAGUGGGUCAAGCUCUAACAGCUACUGAGGGACCGGCUUAUAGCCAAUCUGCAAUAUGCAGGUUUGAGAAGCUUGAUAUAACGCCUAAGAGUGCCCAGAAGCUAAAACCUGUUCUAGAGCGUUGGCUUGCUGAAGCAGAGCUGUGGAACCAGAAGGGCCAGCAAAAUCUAAUGGAAUUUGUGGGAGGUGAGCCGUCCAAGAAACGCAAACGCCGCACCAGUUUCACACCACAAGCCAUCGAGGUCCUGAACAGCUAUUUUGAGAAAAAUGCACUUCCAACUGGGCAGGAGAUCACAGAAAUUGCCAAGGAACUGAAUUAUGACAGGGAGGUUGUACGAGUUUGGUUUUGUAACCGCAGGCAGACACUGAAGAAUACCAGCAAGAUCAAUGUGUUCCAAGUGCAGUAGAGUGUACAAUACACACCUGGAAGGACAAUGAGAUAUACAGGUGCAAUCAAAAUUAUUCAACCCCCAGUGCAAAUCAGGUUUAUUGUCAAAAUUGACAGACUUUCAGCUGUUUGCAAUGAACAAGUAGAACAAAAGCAAUUGAAAUAGUUCAACACAAUGAAUGCUUCAAGUGGUUUCCCCAAAUUCAACUGAAAAUGCAACUUAUAAUGAUUUCUCCAGUUUCAAAAUUAUUCAACCCCUUCAUGGCAAACAUCUUUAGUACUUAGUACAGCACCUUUUUGCCAUUAUGACCUGCUGCAAAUGAGAUGCAUAUCUUCUGGCAGUGUUCCUGAGGAAUCUUCUCCCGUUCCUCAAGAGCAACGGCCUCCAGUUCAGUAAUAUCCUUGGGUUUGUGUGCUGCAACCGCCGCCUUCAAAUCCCACCAGAGAUUUUCUAUGGGGUUCAAGUCAGGUGACUGUGAGGGUUCAAGUCAGGUGACCUGUAGAAUCUUCCAGGACUUCUACAACCAGGCCUUUGGUGGAAUUUGAAGUAUGCUUGGGAUCAUUGUCCAGUUGGAUGGUCCAAUGAUGCCCAAGCUUCAGAUUCCUCGCAGAUGGCAUGAUGUUUUCUUCUAGGAUUUCCUGAUACUUCAGUGAAUCCAUCUCGCCUUCCACACGCUGCAGGUUUCCAGUGCCAGAGGAUGCAAAGCAGCCCCAGAGCAUCACCGAGCCACCACCAUGCUCGACUGUGGACAGAGUGUUCUUUCUUCAUUCUUCUUCCUCCAGACAUAACGCUGAUCCAUCGUGCCGAAAAGUUCCAGUUUAGUUUCAUCGCUCCACAGAACAGAAUCCCAUGAUUUAUAUGACUUUGAAAGACUUUUCUUGUGCAUUCGGGUCUGUAGUGGCGAACGUCUUGAAAACCUUCAGCGUUUUGUAAGCGCCUUACUUUGCUCACUGAAACCUCAGUGCAUGUUGCUACCAAGUCUCGCUGCAGGUCUUUUACAGUCACUCAAGGGUUUUUCACAACCUGCCUUCUCUGAAAUCUGCUUGCAGCUGUUGAUGGCUUCCUUUUUCUGCCCCGUCCAGAUAUUUCAUACAUUCUCUACCCCUAGCCAGUUCAGGUAUUUCAUGUGUUCCAGCUCAAGCACACCUGGUGCAACUAAUGAAGCCCUUGAUUAGUUGCAUCAGGUGUACUUGAGACAACACCUGUUUUGCAUAUCUGUGCAGUUGUGAGGGAUUCUAUUCAGGGAGUUGAAUAAUUUUGAAACUGGAGAAAUCAUUAUAAGUUGCAUUUUCAGUUGAAUUUGGGGAAACCACUUGAAGCAUUCAUUGUGUUCAACUAUUUCAAUUGCUUUUGUUUUAAUUUGUUCGUUGCAAACAGCUGCAAGUCUGUAAAUUUUGACAAUAAACCUGAUUUGCACUGGGGGUUGUAUAAUUUUGAUUACAACUGUAUGCAUGGAUACGAAUUGUUCUUUUGUACUAUGACAUGUUAAAGAUUAAUGUUUUGUGAGGAGCCUCUAGGUUUGUUUUCACAUUAAAAGCAUUGGCAUUGCACAGAUGGUCAAUGUGGCACAAAUCAUAA